CAACUCUCCAUUUGUGUAGACAUUGCCCGUUUUGACAGUUCCCAUUUGCGUCCUCCGACCCGAGCGCUGUCAAAUUUCAAUACUGCCAACUGAUGACAACUUCCUUCUUUUUCGGUCUUUUCGACGUGAAACGUGCUGAACACUAGAAAGAUGCCAGCUGCGGCUAAGACUGCCCCGGCCACGAAGGCCGCCCCGGCCGACAAGAAAGUUCAGGAGAAGAAACUGCCAGCGGUGCCGGAAUCGAAACUGAAGGCAACCAAAGUGAAGACGAUUGCCCGUCCCGGCAGCCUCCACAGGCGUCGUCAUCUGUUGGCUGUCAAGCUGGUCCGCCAAAAGCAGAACCUGCUCCGUGCGGCCAAGUAUGCCAAGAAGUACAUCCGGAUGGACCGCGAUGUGGUCGAGAAGGCCCGCGCUGCCAAGAAGGCCGGAAACAUCUACAUCCCGGCCGAGCCGAAGGUUGCCUUCGUGAUGCGUAUUCGAGGUAUCAACAAGGUCGCCCCCAAGGUCCGCAAGGUGCUGCAGUUGUUCCGUCUGCGCCAGAUCAACAACGCCACGUUCAUCAAGCUGAACAAGGCCACCAAGAACAUGCUGCGCAUUGCCGAGCCGUACAUCACCUACGGAUACCCGACGCUGAAAUCGGUCCGCCAUCUGAUCUACAAGCGUGGAUUCGUGAAGCACCGACACAGCCGCAUUCCGAUCACCGAUAACUUCGUGAUUGAGCGCAAGCUGCGCGCCGGAUACAAGAUGCAGUGCGUCGAGGAUCUGGUGUACCAGAUCUACACCGCCGGACCCCUGUUCCGUAAGGCCAACAACUUCCUGUGGCCGUUCAAGCUCAACACCCCAACCGGUGGAUGGCGCAAGAAGAACAACCAUUACGUCGAGGGCGGUGACUUCGGUAACCGUGAGGAUAAGAUCAAUGAGCUUAUCCAGCGUAUGAUCUAAGUUGAGACCGGUUAGGUGGAUAAGGUUGCGAGAGAGCGAGUUAAAUAAAACAACAAAAUACCUUUAAAAAUUGAA